UCUCAGCUGACAUAGGGCGAUAGGCGGGGUCGUCACACCCUGGACAGUUUGUAAAGAGAAGUCCUGUUGCAUUAUCUGACACGCUCUCUUUUUUCUUCAUGCUGCACUGAUGAUGAACUGAUGACAACUAAACCUCUCUCAUUAACUAUUCUGUGGAUUUACCAGUUGCCUGCUUGACAUACAUUUUUAACGAGAAUUUCCUGAGAAAAUGGCCACUUAUUUGUUACAAUAUCAAGCCAGACGUGUUUUUUGACCCGAGGGCAAUAUCUGGUGUUUUUACCCCACAAUUUCAAACCAAGCAUAACACGAAUGUUGCUGUCAUCGAUCAACUUGAUGCAACAAACUAAAAGAGGAAAUUAACCCCCUGAAAGUUUUUUAAGAUGACUAUGUCCUCUCCCAUGGGACCAGAAGUUGUUGAUCUGACUCAGCCUAUCCCUGUCCCAAAACCGACCGUCUUCCCGCCAUCAUCAGAUACAGAGUCCUGGUCUCGCUCACCUAGUCCCAGACUGUCACGCUUCAGUCGCCACAGCCGAUCUCACCUCAGCAGGACCAGUACUAAAAAACGAAACGAAGAACAACAAGGUUGCAGUCCUAAGCGGGGUAAAACACCACAAAUUGUGAUCAAGGACGAUGUGGAGAAGGUCACCUUUCUAUGCCGAAGCCCCUCCCCCUCUACUGACAUCCAAAUUGAGGGGGAAGAGCAAGGUAAGGGCAGCCCUUCACAGGACCUCCUCCUGCCACCUUCUUGCUCAUGGUCUCGUAGUCCCUCUCCCAGCCGCCGCUCUCGUUGGUGUCUCAGGAGCCUGUUCAGCAGAGACUCUGAGUGGGACAGCUGCAGCACAGCCAGUAACUCACCUCGCAGCACUCCUGGCAGCUCUCCCUCCCUGCGGCGCAGGGUCCUUGGUGGCGGCGGCGGCGGCGGCGGCAGGGCCAGUGAGAAUGAGGGAGGAGGCGAUAAGUGCACUACUGGAGGAGGUGGAGGUUCAGAUAGCCCCCUGCCCUCCAUAUCCUCAGCCUCCUCCCUCACAUCUGCAUACCCACUUGCUUCUCGCCCCUUCAGCCGCAAUGCCAAGAAAAUGCAGAGCUGGUACAAUGUUCUAAGUCCCACAUACAAACAGCGGAAUGAAGAUUUCCGUAAACUCUUUAAGAAACUUCCUGACACAGAGCGACUCAUAGUGGAUUACUCUUGUGCUUUGCAGAAGGACAUCCUGCUUCAGGGCCGUCUUUAUCUGUCAGAGAAUUGGCUGUGUUUCUACAGUAACAUCUUCCGUUGGGAAACCACUAUCACUAUCCUGUUGAGAGAUGUGACCUCGAUGACGAAGGAGAAGACGGCUAAGCUCAUCCCAAAUGCCAUCCAGAUUUGCACUGACAAUGAGAAGCAUUUCCUCACAUCUUUUGGAGCAAGGGAUCGCAGCUUCAUGAUGAUUUUCCGUCUGUGGCAGAAUGCACUGUUGGACAAGUCAUUGUCCCCUAAAGAGCUGUGGCACAUCGUGCACCAGUGUUACGGCACUGAGCUGGGCCUUACCAGUGAAGACGAUGACUAUGUCUCUCCCAUUGCCGAGCACAUGAACGGCCUGCUGCCAUGUGACGAGUCAGUGUUGGUCACAGAUCUGCUCGACCUGAGCUCGGUGUCGGUUCCCUCUACAGGCAGCUCUCCCCCUCCGCUGGUGCCCUGUCGUCCCGCCAGCCCUUCCUCUGCCACUAACCUCGGGGGCUCGUCUCCGUUUUCUUCUGCCUCCUGUCUGCCCAUAGAGGUGCCUUCUGCGUCUGGACGUAGACUCAGCUCUGACCCACUUGAACCCAGCCCCCCCAGCUCCCAGGGUGUAUUACCAACCACCACUGCCCCCAGUGCUUCCGUGUCAGCCUCUGCCCUGGCGUCUGCUGCUGCUUCAUUUUAUAUAGAAGAGGGCGGCGACAGCCUGUCUGAGUCAGCCAAUCAAAUGCUUCCACCGCCAACCGCUCGGCUGGGAAACCUGUCCUCACUGGACGUUACCAAUGACGAGGAACUGCCCACUGACCCCAGCAACUCGUCUGACACGCAAGAAGAGAGUGAAGUGGAGUCCUUCUGUGCAGACCUGAGUGGACGACUGAACAUCAACUGUGUGGUCCGCAUGAGUGUGGACAAGCUUCACGACCUGCUGUUCUCUGCUGACACACACUUCAUCCAGCACCUUUUCUCUCAGCGCCACUUUACAGAUCUGCUCGUUGGUGAAUGGCAGCAGGACAGCAGCAGUGGGAAUACCACCCGUGUGCUCAGCUACACCAUAGCUCUCAACAACCCCCUUGGCCCCAAGACUGCCCCUGUGGUGGAAACGCAGACGUUGUAUAAGAGCAGUGCACGAGGAGAGUGCUAUGUAGUGGACUCUGAGGUCAUCACCUCAGGUAUCCCAUACCAGGACUACUUCUACACCGUCCAUAGAUACUGCCUCACCUCCAUCAACAAGCACAAGAGCCGCUUAAGAGUUUCCUCUGAAAUCUGUUACCGGACGCAGCCGUGGAGUCUGGUGAAAGCACUGAUUGAGAAGAACACCUGGAGCGGUGUUGAAGAGUACUACAGACAUAUGGAGGGAGAGGUGUGUAAGCUGGAGACACUGCUGCAGUCGGACGUUUCAGUGAUGACCACCGGUGACGCAGUCAGGGCCGAAGGUGUCAAGACGCCGCCAGGUCUGCGCCGCCGUAAACGCACCUGCUCUCGGCGAGAUGGAGCGGGUGUGGCUACAGGAGAGCGAGGGGAUAGAGGAGUUGGAGAGGCGAGGGAAAGAAGAGAAACUGGUGGUCAGUAUUUGAAGCUGGGGGAGCGUUCACAUGGCGGAGGACACAACAGUAUUUCCACCAUCCUCCUCAUUGUCAGCUUUAUGAUCGGUAUCAGGUUCGUAUCAAUAAAAUAAAAGGUUUUGAAUGUUUACGUAUGAACUGUAG